GUGUUCAGUACAUGAACAUAAAUUGUAAAAUUAUUGUAGAAUUAUAGUGAAAAAUAGUGCAUCAUAGAUAAUAAAAUUAGUUAAUUAAAUAAGUCUCAAAAAAGGUGUAAUAAUGGCAAUAAUUUAUCUUUAAUAUUAAAGUUUUGUGUAUGGCAAUUUUCCUUUCUCUCUUCUCUCUUGGACGGCCAUUGCGUUAACAUAUAAAAAAUUGUGUGCAUUAAUUUAGAGUCAAAAUAAUAAAAUAAAGUUAUUGAGAAAAUUAAAGUAUGUUUCAUUAACAUACUUUAGUGGUCCUUCGAUUGUUAAUUGAAUAAAAUCAGUGAUUCGUCGUAAUAUUACCCGGCGUGCUUGCUAUGAAAGCACAUAGUGUCGGUGGCGGAUACCUAUGGUGAAAACACAAGUUCGUGGAGCAUUCAUCCUAUGCAUGGUGCCCAAGAAGUUGCUGGAGGCCUACCUCAUCAUGCAGUGCACAAUGAGCAUAGCAAGACAACCAAAUUGCGGGUUGUGUUCAAUGGGAGUCUGAAAUCACAAUGUAAAAUAUCACUUAAUAAUGUCAUGUUAAAUGGACCAAUAGUUCAAAGUGAGUUAUUUGAUAUACUAGUAUUAUUUAGAACUUAUCGCUAUACAUUGAUGUGUGAUAUUGAAAAAAUGUUUAGGCAAAUUUUCAUUAAUUCUAUUCACACGCCUCUGCAAAAUAUUUUGUGGCGAGAUAAUCCACAGAAACCUAUAAUUUGUUUACAGUUGCAAACAGUUACCUAUGGUUUGAAAUCAUCUACAUACUUAGCUACAAGGUGUUUGUUGGAGCUUGCUUAUAUCUAUAAAGACAGGUUUCCACUAGCUGCAGAUGCUAUAAUUAGAAAUACUUAUGUAGAUGAUAUAAUAUGUGGCGCUGACAACAUAGAUCAGCUUCGGAAUCUGAAACAAGAGCUUAUACAAUUAUUAAGCCUUGGCAGUUUUACACUACAUAAAUGGUGUUCAAAUAAUACACAAAUUUUAGAAGAUAUACCAUCAAAUAGGAGGUAUUUUGAGCAUAUUAAUAUUAAUAAAGACAACAUGAUUAAAACUUUAGGAUUAAAAUAUAAUAUACUUACCGAUUCCUUCGUAUUUUCAUGUCCAGCGCAAGAUUUAAAGUUACUUAAAACUAAAAGGGAAAUUUUAAGUUUUAUAGGUAAAAUAUAUGAUCCUUUGGGACUUAUUGGCCCUAUAAUAGUUACAGCUAAAUUGUUUAUGCAAAGUUUAUGGAGUUUAAAAAUAAAUUGGGAUGAGGCUAUACCCUCAAGCCUGCUAGAUAAGUGGUAUAAAUUUGGUGAAAGUUUAGAGAAGAUGAAUCCCAUCAAUACUCAGCGUGGUAUUGUUUUUGGUGAUACUAAUAAUGUAGAGCUGCUCGGUUACUGUGAUGCUUCAUUUGAUGCAAUAGCAUGCUGUCUCUAUUUAAGAGUUUUUCAUAGAGAUGGUAGAGUUAGUGUAGCCUUACUGUGUUCUAAGUCUCGAGUAGCACCUUUAAAGAAAACACUCACAAUUCCAAAUUUAGAACUAAAUAGUGCUCUUCUUCUCUCUCAAUUAACACACAAAGUAAAUAAUACACUUAAGGCGCGUUUUCCUUUAAGAACGAUUUUGCAUUCAGAUUCACAGAUAGUUUUAGCUUGGUUAGGUAACAAGAACAUAAAGAAAAAUACUUAUGUUUCAAGAAGAGUAAGAGAAAUUACAGAUUUAACUAAAGAUUUUACCUGGACCUAUGUCAAAGGUAAAGACAACCCUGCAGAUUUGUUGUCGCGGGGAACUGCUCCACAUAAAUUGGAGGAGAGCUACAUGUGGUUUCAUGGACCACAGUACUUGUCUGAUAAAUACUAUGAACAUAUUAUGUAUGAUUAUAAAUCUUGUGUAGUGACGGAUAGUAUGCCGUGUGAUACCCUUAUAAAUAGUGAUAAAUCAGUUAAAAAAUUUUGUAAUGUAGGACAGUUCGAUUUAAGUGAGGAUAUAUUCUAUAGAUAUUCAAAUUUUUAUAAGUUAAGAAGAAUUAUUGCACUUAUUUUAAGAUUUAAAAACAACACACAGAAUCCUAAAAAUAAAUUAUGUGGUGCAAUAACACCUAAAGAAUUAUGCACUUCUCAAGUUAUGAUUUUUCGACAUAUACAGGAAAUACAUUUUCAUAAUGAAAUAAAAUCACUUACAUUAAAUAAACCUGUAAAAUCAAACUUAAGUAGCUUACACAUUUUUCUUGAUCAUCAACAAUUAAUAAGAGUAGGAGGACGUUUAGAUAAUACACCAAACAUUUCAUAUGAUAAAAAGCAUCCAAUAGUUUUACCCAAGUCAGACCAUGUUACACAUACUCUUAUAAAUUCUGAACAUUUAAGACUAUUACAUGCUGGAGCUAAGUUAGUUCUCAGUUCAUUAUCGCAGGCAUAUUGGAUAGUAGGUGGUAUUCGCGAAGUCAAAAAGGUACUCCAUAGGUGUAUUGGAUGCUUCCAAAUCAAGGCCGCAACUGCUAAACAGCUUAUGGGUUCAUUACCUGCAGAGAGAACUACUCCCGCUCGACCUUUUGAGGUAACCGGUGUUGACUUUUGUGGUCCAUUUGAAAUGAAAAUAGCUAGAAUUCGUAAACCAUUAAUUACAAAAGCAUAUAUUGCCUUAUUUGUUUGCUUUUCUACUAAAGCAAUACACUUAGAAUUAAUCAGUGACCUUACCACUGAAACCUUUUUAGCAUGUCUUCGAAGAUUUAUAUCUAGACGAGGUGUACCUAAUAGAAUUUAUUGUGAUAAUGCAAAGACAUUUAAGGGUGCUUCCAAUUAUUUAACUGAACUGUAUAAUCUUUUAGCGUCUAAACAUAAUAUGGACUCUGUACAUCAUUUUUGCUCUGAUAAAUUAAUUAAUUUUAAGUUCAUACCUAGUUAUGCCCCAGAGUUUGGUGGUUUAUGGGAAGCUGGGGUAAAAAGCGUAAAGUAUCAUUUAAAAAGGGUUGUGGGUUUUGCCUGUUUAACCUUUGAAGAGCUUUAUACUAUUAUUACUCAAAUAGAAGCCAUAUUAAACUCUAGGCCCUUGCUCCCUAUGAGUAGCGAUAUAUCUGACUUAACAUAUUUGACUCCGGGACAUUUCCUAAUUGGGGCUCCUCUCACUAGUAUACCAGAACCGAACCUUUCAGAUAUUAAUAUAAAUAGACUUAAGUUUUGGCAAAUUUGUACUAAAAUUAAACAAGAAUUUUGGAAAUUGUGGAGCAAUGACUAUUUAACUCAACUACAAAAUAGACCCAAGUGGAAAUAUAAUUAUGAUAAUUUAAAAGAGGGUGACUUGGUCAUUGUGAAGCAGGUUAAUGUGCCAUCAUUAUAUUGGCCCAUGGGGCGCAUUGUUAAAACAUUUCCUGGCUCUGACCAUAAGGUUAGAGUGGCUGAAGUAAAGAUGGCAAAUGGUAGAACCUAUGUUCGCUCUUAUCAAAAAUUAUGUCCGCUUCCUUUAGUUAACUAGUAGAUUAUUAUAGGCCAAAGUUUCUUAUAUCUUUAGAAUGGUAUAAUAUUGUUAAAAUAAUUUAGUUUUAAUUUAAAGUUGCAUUAGGUUUAAGAUGUAAGACUAUGUUUAAUUUCUCAUACAUACACAUUUUACACAAUUUAUAUUCUCAUACUAGUAUAGUUUUGUUUUUUGUCAAGCUUGCCCCGCCAACUAUGUUCAGUACAUGAACAUAAAUUGUAAAAUUAUUGUAGAAUUAUAGUGAAAAAUAGUGCAUCAUAGAUAAUAAAAUUAGUUAAUUAAAUAAGUCUCAAAAAAGGUGUAAUAAUGGCAAUAAUUUAUCUUUAAUAUUAAAGUUUUGUGUAUGGCAAUUUUCCUUUCUCUCUUCUCUCUUGGACGGCCAUUGCGUUAACAUAUAAAAAAUUGUGUGCAUUAAUUUAGAGUCAAAAUAAUAAAAUAAAGUUAUUGAGAAAAUUAAA